GGCGGGGAGACGAGGGCGGGCUGGGCGGUUUCGACGAGCGCCGCGGCGGUUGGCGAAGCGGACGGGGCGCAGCCUUCCCGGUGCGAGGAACGGUUCCCGCUGACAGAUCCCCUUCUUCCGGCCGCGCCACCCGGGAGGCGGAUCCCCGGGGCCUGAGGAGGCUUCCUCGGCCCGGCCCGCUUUCCCUCCCUCUCCCGCGGGUCACCCGAACGGCCAGUGAGGAGGAGGAGGAGGAGGUCGUCGGGGGCGGCGGCCGGCGGAGACCGCGCUCCCCCUUCCCCGGCAGCGGCGGCGGCGGGGGCAGGACAAUGGAGGUGGCUGUGGAGAAGGCGGCGACGGCGGCCGCGGCGGCUUCGGCGGCGGCCGCCGGGGGGCCCUCGGCGGCGCCAAGCGGGGAGAAUGAGGCCGAGAGUCGGCAGGGCCCCGACUCGGAGCGCGGAGGCGAGGCGGCCCGGCUCAACCUGUUGGACACUUGCGCCGUGUGCCACCAGAACAUCCAGAGCCGGGCGCCCAAGCUGCUGCCCUGCCUGCACUCCUUCUGCCAGCGCUGCCUACCCGCGCCCCAGCGCUACCUCAUGCUGCCCGCGCCCAUGCUGGGCUCGGCCGAGACCCCGCCGCCCGUCCCCGCCCCCGGCUCGCCGGUCAGCGGCUCCUCGCCGUUCGCCACCCAAGUUGGCGUCAUUCGAUGUCCAGUUUGCAGCCAAGAAUGUGCAGAGAGACACAUCAUAGAUAAUUUUUUUGUGAAGGACACUACUGAGGUUCCCAGCAGUACAGUAGAAAAGUCUAAUCAGGUGUGUACAAGCUGUGAGGACAAUGCAGAAGCUAAUGGGUUUUGUGUAGAGUGUGUUGAGUGGCUCUGCAAGACAUGCAUCAGAGCUCAUCAAAGAGUGAAGUUCACAAAAGACCACACUGUGAGACAGAAGGAGGAAGUAUCUCCAGAGGCAGUAGGUGUGACCAGUCAGCGGCCAGUGUUUUGUCCUUUUCAUAAGAAGGAGCAGCUGAAGCUUUACUGUGAAACAUGUGACAAACUGACAUGCCGGGACUGCCAGUUGUUAGAACAUAAAGAGCAUAGAUACCAAUUUAUAGAAGAAGCUUUUCAGAAUCAGAAAGUGAUCAUAGAUACACUAAUCACAAAACUGAUGGAAAAAACAAAAUAUAUAAAAUUCACAGGAAAUCAGAUCCAAAACAGGAUAAUUGAAGUAAAUCAAAAUCAAAAGCAGGUGGAGCAGGAUAUUAAAGUUGCUAUAUUUACAUUGAUGGUAGAAAUAAAUAAAAAAGGAAAAGCCCUACUGCAUCAGCUUGAGAGCCUUGCAAAGGACCAUCGCAUGAAACUUAUGCAACAACAACAGGAAGUGGCCGGACUUUCUAAACAAUUGGAACAUGUCAUGCAUUUUUCUAAAUGGGCAGUUUCCAGUGGCAGCAGCACAGCAUUACUUUAUAGCAAGCGACUGAUUACAUACCGGUUACGGCACCUCCUUCGAGCAAGGUGUGAUGCUUCCCCAGUGACCAACAAUACCAUCCAGUUUCACUGUGAUCCUAGUUUCUGGGCUCAAAAUAUUAUCAAUUUAGGUUCUUUAGUAAUUGAAGAUAAAGAGAGUCAGCCACAAAUGCCUAAGCAGAAUCCUGUCGUGGAACAGAAUUCACAGCCACCAGGUGGUUUAUCUUCAAACCAGUUAUCCAAGUUUCCAACACAGAUCAGCCUAGCUCAAUUACGACUCCAGCAUAUGCAGCAACAGGUAAUGGCUCAGAGGCAACAGGUGCAACGGAGGCCAGCACCUGUGGGUUUACCAAACCCUAGAAUGCAGGGGCCCAUCCAGCAACCUUCCAUCUCUCAUCAGCAACCCCCUCCACGUUUGAUAAAUUUCCAAAAUCACAGCCCCAAACCCAAUGGACCAGUUCUUCCUCCACAUCCUCAACAGCUAAGAUACCCACCGAACCAGAACAUGCCGCGACAAGCAAUAAAGCCCAACCCGCUACAGAUGGCUUUUUUGGCUCAACAAGCUAUAAAACAGUGGCAGAUCAGCAGCGGGCAGGCUGCCCCAUCAACUGCCAGCAGCACAUCCUCUACUCCUUCUAGUCCUACCAUUACGAGUGCAGCAGGAUAUGAUGCAAAGGCUUUCGGCUCACCUAUGAUUGAUUUGAGCUCACCAGUGGGAGGCUCUUAUAAUCUUCCUUCUCUUCCAGAUAUUGACUGUUCAAGUACUAUUAUGCUGGACAAUAUUGUGAGGAAAGAUACCAGUAUAGAUCAUGGCCAGCCAAGACCGCCCUCAAACAGAACCGUCCAGUCACCAAACUCAUCCGUGCCAUCUCCAGGCCUUGCAGGACCUGUUACUAUGACUAGUGUUCACCCACCAAUACGUUCACCUAGUGCCUCCAGUGUUGGGAGCCGAGGAAGCUCUGGCUCUUCCAGCAAACCAGCAGGAGCUGAUUCCACACACAAAGUCCCGGUGGUCAUGUUGGAACCAAUCCGAAUAAAACAGGAAAACAGUGGACCGCCUGAAAAUUAUGAUUUUCCUGUGGUCAUAGUGAAACAAGAAUCCGACGAAGAAUCUAGGCCUCAAAAUACCAACUAUCCAAGGAGCAUACUCACCUCCCUGCUCUUAAAUAGUAGUCAGAGCUCUACCUCUGAGGAGUCUGUGCUAAGGUCAGAUGCUCCUGAUAGCACAGGAGAUCAACCUGGACUUCACCAGGAAAAUUCCUCCAAUGGAAAGUCGGAGUGGCCGGAUGCCUCCCAGAAGUCACCUGUUCAUGUUGGAGAGACCAGGAAAGAGGACGACCCCAAUGAGGACUGGUGUGCAGUUUGUCAGAAUGGAGGGGAGCUCCUGUGCUGUGAGAAGUGUCCCAAAGUGUUUCAUCUUUCUUGUCAUGUGCCCACCUUGGCAAAUUUUCCAAGUGGAGAGUGGAUUUGUACUUUCUGCCGGGACUUAUCUAAACCAGAAGUUGAAUAUGAUUGUGAUGCUCCCAGUCACAACUCAGAGAAAAAGAAAAGUGAAGGCCUUGUUAAAUUAACACCAAUAGAUAAAAGGAAGUGUGAACGCCUACUUUUAUUUCUUUAUUGCCAUGAAAUGAGCCUGGCUUUUCAAGAUCCAGUUCCUCUAACUGUGCCUGAUUAUUAUAGAAUAAUUAAAAAUCCAAUGGACUUGUCAACCAUCAAGAAGAGACUACAAGAAGAUUAUUCCAUGUAUACAAAGCCAGAAGAUUUUGUAGCUGAUUUUAGAUUGAUCUUUCAAAACUGUGCCGAAUUCAAUGAGCCUGAUUCAGAAGUAGCCAAUGCUGGUAUAAAACUUGAAAGCUAUUUUGAAGAACUUCUAAAGAACCUUUAUCCAGAAAAAAAGUUUCCUAAACUAGAAUUCAGGAAUGAAUCAGAAGAUAAUAAAUUUAGUGAUGACUCAGAUGAUGACUUUGUACAGCCCCGGAAGAAACGCCUCAAAAGCAUAGAGGAACGCCAGUUGCUUAAAUAAAGCAACACCAUUGGCGUGUGCUGGUUUUUAGAUUUUUUUGUUUUUGUUUUUAAAAAACAUUUUGUCAGUAAUUUUAACAUCAUUACAAAAUGAGUUUGUGACCACUCUGAUCUGUAAGUUUUUGAUGUUUACUAGAUUUUGAUUUCCCUAAUAAACCAUUUCUUUUAAUCUUCUUAUUAAGGAAGAAAGAAAAAGAAGGAAAGGAAUGAAAGUGAGGGAGCAAGGAAGGAAAGAAGAAAGAAGCAUCAACAACAAAAAGACGUUCUUCCCACUUCUUGGAUUUCAAAACUAUAAUUUGGAGUGAUAGCAACUAUAGAAAGGAAAUAGACUAUGUAUGAACUCUUAAGUGGAAAUUUAAUGUGGUUUGGAUGUGUGCGUUAAUCCAUUUUUAGAAAAUACCACUAUCCAUUAAUUAUGGCCCAACCAUGAAUUAGUACUUACGAACAGUACUCCAUGAACAUGAGUGGUAAUAAGAGUUCUAUCCUAGGAUGCUGACUGGUGCAACGAAAAAGUAGAUUAGAUGCUAUUAAGAAGGCACCUAACAGUAUAUAAUGUAAGAUGGCAACUGUAUUAAAGAAAAAGCAGGAAAACAAAUGUUUGAUUUUUGUUUUGUUUUUUUUUUCUUGUCUGUAGAAGUGUUUGGUAUAGCAGGUGUUCAAAGCCAUUUUUCGUACAUUUCUAAAUAUAACUUCUUCCACUGAGGAAGUAAGUGUACACAUGUUUGGUUUGCUGUGUGUCUCUGUGUAGUUUGUUGUUUGCUUUUUAACUGUGCAGGUGAUCCUUUUAUAACAAGACUCGUUGUUAGCAGUACGGCUGUUAGUGGAACUACCCUGGACAUGAAAUACCGCAGUGUGCGCCAUAUUUGAUGUGAGGCUUUUUCAACGUAUACCCUAUUGAGCAUUAAAUAGAAGUUCCGCCGAAA